ACGCGGUCGUCAAGGAGACGCGCACCUGUUACAGUCAAAAAGCGGCCAGUCAGUCGAAUGUAAGCAGUCUGGAGGCAGAGACGGAUAUGAAGAAGUCUCACCGCACUAAUGUCCUGGUGAUGUCCUGUCUGAAGACGCCGGUGGAUCCGCACACUAAAGUCCCUUUAGCUCAGUAUGAGAGGGAGCGAUCGUUGCCCGCGCUCACGGACAACAUGCACUAUGAGAAAGAGAUUGAGUACGACUCUGGAUCUGAGCUGGUGACUGAUGACCCUCCUGCUAAAGACAGCAAUGCACUGCUGAUCAAAGACUACCGCGUGACGGGCGAUCACAUCGAUCUCAGGGAGUUCUACUUCUCAAACCAAGAGUACUACCGUAAGCUAGAGCAGCUGAAGAAGGCUCAUCUCCAAACGAUGGCCGAACUCGAACUCAUGUAUCGCAAGAAACUGGACCUCAAGGGGGUGAGCGCGGCGGACAACAGUGAUCGGACCAAUCUUUCCCCACAAGGAAGGAGUCCAGUGAUAACCAGCAAUCUGAAAAAAGCCCGGUCUGCUCUGGAGCUGCGGCGGACUUCAGAUCUUUCUGACCUGUCUGAUGAAGAGUGCAAUGCUGACAAUGGCAACACCGAGAAAGGCCUUCAAAUCUCGCCCAAAGAGCACAUCAAGAACAUGUGGCAGGACUUCAGCGUGCAUAAGCUUUCUUCACCUCAGUGGCACCCCUUUUCAUCCUCACUGCAGAGCUUGCCUGCUGACUGCCAGGCUGCUAGCAAACUCAAGGGUCAACGGCUAAAAAAACACAAGCAAAUGGUAGACGAGGGUUGGCAUCCGAGAGUAACAGUCCCCAAGCCUUUCCAGAUGACCCUUCGUGAGGCAGAACGCCGCAAGAAGGGCAUAAAAUCACGUUCAGAGAUGGAACAAGAGAACGCGGAUCUCCGGCGCCAGGUGGAGGAGCUCACCGAGUGCCAGAGGAAGUUCCACGCCAGUCCGGCGCCUGCGCAUGUGUGCCUCCCGCUGUACGAGGAGCUGCAGGAGCGUGACGAGGAGCGCCGGCGGCUUCAUCGCGACUUGGAGCAGCAGCGUCUCCACACCUCGCAAAGACCCUUCAGCUUCCUGGAGCGCGAACGGCUGAAGAAAGAGCAGAAGGAGGCCAAGCUCCGUGAGCAAAUGCUCAAACACGACCGAGAGGAAGAGGAGAGAAGGAAAUGCCCCUUCAAGGCCAAACCCGUGCCACGGACAGUGAAGGAGGCCGCGUCGGGCGAGCAGCAGAAGGAGGAGGAGCUCUACAGGGCCAUCAAGAUGCAGAUGCGGGCGAGAGAGUUGCUUCACGGCGCGUCCAUGCCUCCUAGCAUGCUUGCGCGGCAGCUUAGUGAGAAACAGGUGCACAAAGCUGCCCAGGACGAAGAGCAAACACACAGACCCAAAAUCAACGCCGAAGUUCCAGACUUCGACGGCAGCUACAGGAGGUUUCGGAAGCAGCUGGCGAAGUGCAAAGAAGUGCGGCCCGUGACAGCAUGUGAACCCUUCCAGCUGCGCACGGCUAAUAUUGCCUCGCACAAAGAACGCAUCAUGGCAGAUAUCGAGGCAGAGAUAAAGAGCCCAAAACCGCAGCACCUGUCCAUUGAUCCCGAACCCUGUCCCUGCUGGCUUACCCUCUUUACCCCUACGAGUAGAAAAGUUCUUGAGCAGAGAAAGCGGGAAGAAGAGGAGGAGGAGAAAUGGAAGGAGAAGCAAAAACAGAGAGAGAAGAGACUACAAAAAGUGAUCACAAAGCGAGCCCAGGCGAACGACCCGCACGUGACCCUGGCCCAGACAUGCCCGUCCAAACUAAAAGAGUUCAGGAAACAAGAUCUUCAGAGACAAAGAGAGUACUGGGAGGAGAUGAGAGAAAUCCAGGAAAGAGUGAAAGGAAGACCUCUGUUACUGGAACAGGUAGCACAGAUGAAUGCUAAGAGAGCAGCAGAAAAGCUCUACUCUGCCACUUUGCAUGGAUGUGGUCUGAGUGAAUCCUUUAUCAGCAGUAAAGCUCCUAAAGGCUUGAAACACAGGCAGACUCCAAGCCCCGCCCACUCCGGCAGCCAAACUCCACCCACAUACAGUAAAAUCAGGAAUGAAGAUAAUGAGGAACUUCCAGACCUGCAGGAUUCUCUUCUCGGAGACUAUGCAGAUGAUUACGAGGAGUAUGACCAUGACAUGGAAGCAGAACACAUGGACAGAGAUGAGGACGACAGGCACAGUGAAUGUCAUGAAACUGAUGAGGAAAAGGGCAACGAUGAAGGACACUCAUAUCAUGACAAGCUGGCUUUUGAUGAUGAUGAUGAACAGGAUGAGCGUUAUAAAGAUGAUGACGUCAGCAGGAAGCACAGCCAGAGCAGCAGGGGUAGUGAAAGUAAAAACAGUCACCAUUGCGACAGAAGCAGAACAGGUAGUAUUAAUUAGGUGACAAAGAAAAACGGGAAGAUCAGAAAAGUGGCCAUUAGCUUUAUUCUACAUAUUUAAUUUGUUUUUAAACAAAGCAAACCUCAGUAGCAAAUUGUUGUUGGAUAUAUGUGUGAGAAAAUCUCACAAAC